CGCACGGGGCGCAUUGUGGCUUCGGUGUGGAGAGGGUGAGGCUCGGCUGAAAAGUGGCUGAGUAAUCAUCGCAGCUCGGUCAAGGCGCGUUGGACUGUCGCGGAAAUGUUCCUUGAACUUGGAGAGGACAUCAACUAACAAGCUUCCGAUCUUCAGACCGCCAAGGGUAACUCACACCCACCCCACUACAAAAUGAGCUCCGAAAACAUGGACAUUGAGGACGAGGACGACUUCUAUGCGCCCGAAGAGCCCAAAACCACAACGACGACCACAGAGAAGACAACCACGGAGAAGAAACCCGCGAACAACGACCUCGAGGAAGGCGAGGAGGAGGACGAGGGUGCUGCUAUGGACGAGGACUCCGACUCUGAUGACUCUGACGUUGAUAUUAUCACGGACCGUAAAGACGGCUCGACACCUGCACCAGCAGCAGCGACACCAGCUGCCAAAUAUUCGGACAUACGAAACAUUCCCCAGCGAUCGACCACCACAGGCGAGGCAUCCAAACCAAAAGAAGAGAAGAAGACGGCUGCACCGAGCGCGGACCAGUCCUCCGCAGCAGCAUCCAAAUCCACAGUCGACAUCAACGCCGAUCCCAUCUACCCUCUACCCUCAGGCGAAGGCAAGCCGAUCACGCAAGUCACCAUUGACACCGAUCUGCCCGACAAUGACAAGCCUUGGCGCCGACCGGGAACGGACAUCUCCGACUACUUCAACUACGGCUUCGACGAGUUCACAUGGGCGCUGUACGCGGCCAAGCAGGAAUCGCUACGGGGCGAGUACGGCCAAGACGGCGGGAACAAGAUGAUGGACAUGAUGAUGGGAGGCGGGGGGAUGCCUGGCAUGGACGGCAUGCCGGACAUGGCGGCCAUGCAGCAGAUGAUGGCCGCGCAGGGCAUGGACCCGAGCCAGAUGGAUCCGAGUGUCAUGUUUGGUGGUCAGCAGCCGCAGCAGGGCUUCCAAGGCAAUUUCAGCCAAGGUGGUUUCGGGGGCUACGACCAGAAUAUGGGUGGAGGCGGCGGCGGAGGGAGAGGCGGUGGCGGGUUCAGGGGGAGGAGAGGGCGGUGGUAGUGGUAUGAUAUUGCAGCACAGGACUUGUGUCGCAUGGGAAAGGAUGGCGUUGUUGGUUGAAUACAUAUACCCGUUCACGUUGGCUUGUCAUCUAUGCGCCCGUCAUCGUCUGUGCAUGG